AUGGGCAACGCUCCGCCAGCGUCAAUAAAGCCCGGCAUGGCCGACUCCCUGGCCCUCCUUCCCGAGGCGGGCGUCAGGGAGCUCGCCGCUCUGCUGUGCCUCCCGCAGGAGCAUAUCGAGCCUUGCCUUAAGGGCCGGAAACGCCAGGCAAGCAACAAGACCGUCCCGCUACCGUUGUCUCCGCAGACACAGACGGUAUUUUCUUCUGGAGGACCCCCGAGCACCUACCCCCCUUCGUCUCCCGCCACCACUAACACACACACACAUGAUCACCACGCCGUGCGCCGCAUCAGGCCUUCGGCAGAGUGGCUCGCGUCUCAGAGACGCGCUCUUCACCCCCCGGACAUAGACGUCUCGAGCUCCUUCCACCCCGAGUCUGACGGUGAGGACUCGGACGACGAGGAGACCGAGUACGACGGCGAAGCCGUCUCCUCCACCGCGGCUCCUCCCUCUUCCUCCGCCAGCGGCGACAGCACGGCGCACGUGCGCCGCCCGGGCGGGCUCAGGGGCCUGCGCAUGAGCUUCCUCGAGGGCGCGCGCCGCGCGCUCCUCGGCUACCAGCCCGUGAAGCUGUGCGGCGCGCACGGCAGGCUGAACCCGCGGCUCGUGCGCGACGUCUUCGUCGCGCUGAGCCUCGAGGCCACGCUCCGGGCGGACGGGGUGCGGGCGCACUACGACGACCGGGCCGGGUUCGGGUACCGCAGCGGCAGCAAGGCGCGCGUCGUGGCUGCGCCGCCGUAUCGCCGCCCUCCUCCUUCUGGUGGUGAAAGUGAUGAAGGCGAGGACGAAGAUGAAGAUGAAGAAGACGUAGAAGAUACGGGCGAGUGGGCGGGCGUGGCCUCGCGCGCCGUGCGGGACUGGGGGGACCGGCUCAUGGGCCUCGCGAGCCUGUGGUGCGAGCCCCGGGCCUUUGACAAGGCGGCCGGCCGGGUCUUCCCUGCGGCGUGGCGCUGCGGCCGCCUCGAGUCCGGGUGCAUGGCGUGCAUGAUUGCUGUGGUGGGCGGGCGGCGCGACGCGCUGGUCGAUCUGCGGGCGGGCAUGCUGGCCCGGCGGCGGGAGGGCGGCGGCGGCGGGCGGGGCGGCGGGCGGCUGCUGCUUCUGCCGCUCGUGGAGGCGUGGAUCGACGGCUAUGACGCCGCGUGUACGGCGGCGGCGGCGACGGUGGUGGUGGGGACCGGCGGCGAGGAGGAGGAGGUGGAGGAGGAGGAGGUCGAUGCGGCUGUAGCUGCGAGGUCGGAGAGCGCGUGGCUUGCUGGGGAGAUCCGCAUCGUGCGGGACUACCAGAAGGCUGUCAAGGCGAGGAACGGCCCGCCCGUGGUGAAGACUAUACCCGUCCGGACGAGGGAGGGGUUUCGCGUGCCCAUGGCGCGGAGAGGGCGGAGGAGGCGCGGGGAUGAGAGGCGGGUCGGUUUUGCUGGUGGUGAUGGUGGUGAUGGUGUUGAUACAGCUGGUGAGGACCGGCGGUCGUUUGUGCGGAGGAGGCCUGAGGAGGAAGGAGGUCGCCGUGAGUAUCUCCGGCCCGUGGAGCACCAGUAUGGUAGUCCCCGCCGCCACCACCCACAGAGGGUGAGACAGUGGUCAACUACCACCGCCACCACGCUCGCCGAGUACAAGGUGCGGAGCUGGAACACCUCGCAAGGCCAAGACGAGGGAAGCGACGACGAGGAGCAAGAUGUAGGGACGCCAGUCCAAGCAGAGGAAAUCGCUCGGCGCGCCACCAUCUUCGCCGAGCUGGAAGAGCAAGCCGAGCGCCAGGAGUACGAGCACGAGGGACGACACGUCCGGCGCUCGGCCACCCGCCCUGGCACGACGGCCACCACCAUGCCGCUCCCGCACAGGACGACGCAAGUGUCCUCUCCCACGCCGUCGCGCAGCACACGCCGCAGCAGCUCCAAGACCGACCACGGCACGUGGACGUCGGCCGUCUCGCCGACGGUCUUCCAGUACGAGGUCCCGCCGAGCGUCCUCCUGCCGUACCAGGUCCCGGCGACGCCGCCCCCGCCGUCGUCGUCGUCUCCGGCCCAGAAGGAGCCGCCCGCCUCCACGCCGGCCAUGGCCAGCAGCGUCUACUCCAACGACUGGCCCGCCAUGCCGCACGCCCCGCCCGCGCCGAGCACUGUCCUCUCUCCGAUCCUGGCCUCGCCCAGGACGCCGCGGACUGGAGCGGCGGCCUCUGGUUCACGCCCUCUCACCACGCCCCCGCGUGCGCCGCGCAUGGCCCGUCGUUUUCACGACGUCGAGGCGAUGGAGCGGGUGGACGUCAUGCCUAGCCCGACGCCCCUUCGGAAGCGCCAUCUGGCACAGAGGGACAUACCCGUGGCCGAGGGUGAGUGGGACAGGUCGACGGUGCUGCCGGAAGAUUCCAUCAGCUGCGUACUCGGUCGGCGGCAUGCAGGAGGAGGAGGAGGAAGAGGGGGAGGUGCGGGGGGAGGCAAACGACACAAGAAGGGUAAGCAUCCUUCUGGGAAGCACUCCUCUGGCAAGCAUUCUUCUGGUAAAAAGUGA